UCCGUUUGUCCCUUAUAUAGGAGUUAACCAUCAUCGAAGCACAGUUGUCUUUGGCUGCGGUAUUUUAUCGGAUGAAACUAUCUUGUCAUAUGUGUGGCUCCUCGAGGCUUUACCGGAGGCGAUGCACCAGAAGCAUCCAAAAUCCUUAAUCACUGAUGGGGACGCAGCGAUGAUGAGAGCUAUUGAGAUUGUCAUGCCUGAUGCAGAUCACAGAUUGUGCAGUUGGCACAUAGAGCAGAACAUGCUAAAACGGUUCCGUGGUUCGAAGCUCAAGGAUUUCAGGAAGUUCAUAUACCAUGCAAUGGAGGAGGGUGAAUUUGAUAGGCUUUGGAGAGAGUUUAGAGGUACCCAUAAUAUCAAAGAAGAUAACCUAUGGGUAAAUAGGAUGUACGAACUUAGAAGGAAGUGGGCUGCCACGUUCACAAGAGGGAGACAUUUCUUGGGCAUGCAAAGCAAUCAGAGGAGCGAGAGUCUGAACUCAAGGCUUCACAACCAUUUAGACCGAAAGAUGUCCUUGGUUGAUUUAAUGGAGCAUUAUGAGUUUUGCCUAUCACGCAUUCGUCGGAAUGAGAUUGAGCUUGAUGCGAAGGCUCUAUGUUCUAUCCCAUUCACUAAGAUUUCUGCUGAUGUUCUUGAGAAAAGUGCUGCGCAGAUCUUCACACCAACUAUUUUCCAGAAAGUGAGCUUCCAGAUAAGAAAAUCAAGUAAUUGGUCGGUGACAGAGGUGACAUUGCAGAAUGGGUGUUUGAGGUAUGAGGUUUCAUUGCAAGGCAACAACAAGCGUUGGUUUCACGUGACUUGUACCUUUGGGUCAUCGUUGGUUGAUGCUAGAUGCCAUUGCCGGAAGCUGGAGCGGGAAGGAAUUCCAUGUGCGCAUACUUUCUGUGUCAUGAAGUAUUCUCGUAUAGAGAGCAUCCCUUCUUGUUGUGUUUUCGUGAGGUGGACUAUGAAUGCGAAGAGUGCUUUCCCAACGGAGAUGCGUACCAACACGCAUGUUUGGACUGAACAAAUGGAUCGUUACCAUUCCCUUCGCUCAAAGGGCAAUCGUGCUUUAUUCAAAGUUUCUAGGAGCCAAGGUGAGACGAAGAGGGUAAUGAAGUUACUUGAUGAUAUUUUGAAAGAAGACACGCAGGAGCAAGGGAUGGAAGAGGAAACAACAUUUGGGCCUUUGCCGGCUCAUUUCUCAGCAGCCAACCAGCCAGGUGGCACCAAAGUACUUGAUCCGGUGAAGAUUGUUUCGAAAGGUGCUCCGCGAUCCAACAAGAGGUGGAAGGCAAGCCAUGAAUUCUGGGGAACUGUUUGAAAAUGUGCAGUGCUAUUUCAGGUGGAAUCGUCGACAGAGCUAUUCAAGCAGAGGAUAAGAAACAUGGGGAUUUCAUGAGGCUUGAAAGAUUUCACUUUAUAUAGUGACGCUUGGAGAUAUCUUAUCCAAACAUAUUUCAAAGCCCAGGGUAUACAUUGGAUGCAUGAAGUCUGGCCCUGUCAUAUCUGACAAGGAUGUCAGGUACUACAAACCUGAGCACUGGAAAUUUGGUGAAGUGGGUAACAAAUAUUUUCGACAUGCCACUGGUCAAUUGUAUGCUAUUUCAAAAGACUUGGCAACCUACAUAUCAAUAAACAAGCAUGUUUUGCACAAGUACAUCAACGAGGAUGUUUCUUUGGGAGCUUGGUUGAUAGAGUUAGAUGUUGAGCAUAUUGAUGACCGCAGACUAUGCUGCGGCACUCCACCUGGCUGAAAUUGGGAGACAGUCAGCAUCAGAUCGU